GAUGAACUUCAACCAAACGGUUUGUCAUUUAUCAAUCGGCAGAAUGACACCGUGGACGAUGACGUGGACAAAAAUAAGAUUUUGUAUCCAAGCACCGAGAUCAAAGGGUUUGUUGAGACAAUCAAAGCAAUGUUGCAUUCUAUGGAUGACGGAGAGACAACUAUGUCGGCUUACGAUACUGCUUGGGUUGCACUCGUGCAAGAUGUUAAUGGAAGUGGUCGUCCUCAGUUUCCGUCAUGUUUGGAGUGGAUUGUGAACAAUCAACUCCCCGACGGAUCUUGGGGUGAGGGUUUGAUCUUUUUGGCUCAUGAUCGAAUCAUUAAUACGUUGGCCUGUGUGAUCGCAUUAACUUUUUGGAACGUUCAUCCUAGUAAAUGCCAAAAAGGAGUGCAAUUUCUGAAAGAGAACAUAAGCAAACUUGAAGAUGAUAACGAAGAACAUAUGUUGAUCGGUUUUGAAGUAACGUUUCCUUCACUUAUCGACAUUGCAAGGAAGCUCAAUGUUGAAGUCGGAGAAGAUUCUCCGGUCUUGGAAGAAAUUUACGCAAGACGGAACAUGAAGCUCACAAAGAUACCGAAGAGCAUAAUGCACAAAGUGCCCACAACUUUACUUCAUAGCUUAGAAGGAGUGCCAAAUUUGGAGUGGGAGAAACUUGUAAAACUUCAAUGCAAAGAUGGGUCAUUCCUCUUCUCCCCAUCAUCCACUGCUUUUGCACUGAUGCAGACUAAAGAUGAAAAGUGUCUUCAAUACCUCACAAACAUUGUCACCAAAUUCAAUGGUGGAGUGCCGACUGCCUACCCGUUGGAUCUUUUCGAACAUAUUUGGGUCGUUGAUCGCCUCCAACGCCUUGGGAUUUCUCGUUAUUUCAAGUCAGAGAUCGAGGAUUGCGUUCAGUAUAUCUACAGGUAUUGGACUACAGACGGUAUCUGUUGGGCGAGAAACUCAAAUGUACAAGAUAUUGACGACACUGCGAUGGCAUUUAGGCUUUUGCGAAUGCAUGGUUACGAAAUUUCUCCAGAUGUGUUUCAACAAUUCGAAAAAGAUGGAAAAUUUGUGUGUUUUGUCGGGCAAACAACACAAGCCACCACCGGAAUGUUCAAUUUAUUACGGGCAUCUCAGGUGCUCUUUCCCAGAGAGAAAAUCCUCGACGAUGCCAAGAAGUUUUCUUAUAACUAUUUGAAGGAGAAACAAUCAACGAACGAGCUUCUUGAUAAAUGGAUCAUCGCCAAGGACUUGCCUGGCGAGGUGGGAUACGCGCUAGACGUGCCAUGGUAUGUGAGCUUGCCUCGACUCGAGACGAGAUGUUACUUGGAUCAAUAUGGAGGCGAGGACGAUGUUUGGAUCGGAAAAACAUUAUACAGGAUGGGGAAUGUUAGCAAUAACAAGUAUCUUGAAAUGGCUAAAUUGGAUUACAAUAACUGUCUAGCCAUGCAUCAGCUCGAAUGGAACACUAUGCAGCAAUGGUAUGUGGACUUCAAUAUCGGACGGUUUCGGGUGAGCAAUAUCACGAGUCUUUUGGUCUCAUACUAUUUGGCUGCAGCCAGCGUAUUCGAGCCAGAAAGGUCCAAGGAGCGAAUAGCGUGGGCUAAAACAACCACAUUAGUUGACGCCAUCUCCUCGUUAUUUGAUUCACUACAACUCUCGAAAGAGCAGAGAAGAGAUUUUGUCGAUGAGUUCAGAAACACACCAUCGUCGCUUCGUCCCGCCAGAUGUGGAAAACCAUGGCACUGGUUGAUGGUUGCACUACAGGGAACCCUACAUGAGCUUGCGUCGGGCAUACUCACGGCUCAUGGUAGAGACAUCCAUCCACAACUUCACCAUACCUGGGUGAUCUGGUUGACGAGGUGGCAAAGGGGUGAUGCGAUGGAAGGACACGCAUUACUGAUAGUUCAAACAGUGAGCUUGAUCGAUGGCCGAUGGACAUCAAAGGAGCUCUUAGCUCAUCCUCAAUACCAACGGCUUUCGUCUGUCACUAAUAACCUUUGUCACGAAAUAUCCCAGUCCCAUAAGUCCAAUGAGAACCGCAAGACAUGCUUCGAGAAUGAAACUACGUACAGAACGCAAGAGUUCAGAAUGCAAGAAUUAGUGCAACUCGUACUCGGCAACUCACCCGAUGAUCUUGAUCGGGAUUUGAAGCAGCUGUUCCUAACCGUCGCGAAAACUUUCUUUUACAAGAGCUACUACGAUCCAGUGACGAUAAAUGCUCAUAUCUCCAAAGUAUUGUUCGAAACUGUAAUUUAA